AUGGCUCUGCCCUCAUCCCCACCAUUGCUACCGGAGGAAUACGAUCUGCCCUCCGCCACGACACUCCUGCCAUUGGCGUCGGGCUCAAGUGUGGCCAUUCGCCCGCUGCACCGCAAGCGACAACAUUCGGAUUAUGGCAGCCUGAGCAGUGAUCCGCUAUUCUCGGACACCACCGAGGAGGACGAUGAGGGCAUCGACCUCCAACCACCGCGCCGGAAGAAGCUGACUCGCGGUCCGUGGUGGAAUGUUGGGCGACGGAGCAAGCAUGAUCUCAGGCGAAGCAUGGCGCGGAAGGAGAAGAUGCGCAAUGCUGACAGUGGUGUGUGGAUGGGGAGUGAUGCGAGUGAGGACAGCAUCGACAGCGUCAUGUCCAGCCAGCAGCGCAUGCAGGAAUUGGUGGUGGAGGACGAGGGUCCUGCGGAUGACACUGAGGCGAGUGAUGAAGAAGCGCCUGCCUUGGACGCCGAGACUUAUGCCGCUCGAAUGGUACAGGACUGCCUGGACAGAGGCAAGGAAGUGGUGAAUCUUGGCGAUCUGGCAUUGACUCGAAUACCGGACGCGACCCUUCGACCACUGCAUCAGCUUAUCCGACCAUCUUUCUCAGACCUCACUUCGCCGCCCUCAGAGGAUGAAUUCGGCCCGUUGACGCCGUCGAUCACCCUGAUACUGUCUACGAAUCAACUCACAACCCUACCAACGGAAUUGUUCAACCUAAGCAAUAUCACAGUUCUGAGUCUGCGAAACAAUCAUUUGACAGAAUUACCACCCGCUAUAGCACGACUCGAGAGGCUACAGGAGCUCAACAUUGCUAGCAACAAUAUUCGAGACCUGCCAUGGGAGCUACUGAGCUAUUUCGAGCGUAACAUCAGGAUUAACGUGCGGCCGAAUCCCUUCUAUCAACCUACCGAUCUCUUUGCGGAACCGUCACCUGUGCAAGCUGGGGCUAGCACGGACGACGAUGGCAGGCCAGACGAUGCGGCAAGUGCUGUGGACGACGUAGAAAGCUUGAGAGAGCGUUCUACAAAUCACAAGGGCUUGCCUUUACGGGAGGUCCUUGAAACGAGGCUGAGGCUGGGCCGACUGCUGGUCGAGCAACAGUGCCAGACGACUGCGGAAGUAAUGAAGCGAUCCCUAUCGGAUGACAGUCUCAUAUAUCUCGCUUCCUCAGCCAUCCGGUUUUUCAACGUUGACGGCACGCAAUCCCGGCAAACCGGCGCAGCCAGAGUCCAGCCCAAGGACUGGUCGGCUACAGUAACGCCUCUCGCGAACGCGCCCGACCUAUCGGGCAGCAACAAGGCCCCGUCUUUGUUUGAGCUGGCUUUACGCUCGAUACAGAGCACGAACGACAUUUCGGAGUUCCUACCCGGCCAUGGUAGUCACGGCCAUGACUACGGCCUCUCCUCCUCAAUAAUGGCCGCAUUGAGCAGAGCGGCCGUUAAUACUGCGACCCACGGUAACGACACUUGCUCGACAUGCAGGAAACGGUACAUUGUCGCACGAGCAGAGUGGCUGGAAUAUUGGUCUCAUGGCUCGCACGCCAAACCAUUGGCUCCGGAUUCUACGUUGCCAUUUUUGAGAAAAGCAUGCAGUUGGGCUUGUGCUGUGCCGACCGAGGUUGGCACGUUCAGAUGA